GUUAGAAUGAUAGUGCUUUUCAAUUUAUUGGUUUAGUCUGUCAACUGACUUGUGUCAUCAUUUAUUACAAAAGGUUGCCAUAAGUAUUUGAACUAGUAGUUCAGGGUUGGUGUUUGGUUGUUGGUCGAAAUGAAUGUUCUGGCAUUGAUUCUUCUAUUUAACUGGUACUGCAAAGCUUGUUAUACCAGUAGAGAAAACAGUUUGUUCCUUCUGCUGUUUUUCCUUUCUACCUUCUGCAAAAACAGAACCUUCAGUAAUAGUUCUGCAUUUCCCUUCUGCUGUUUUUGAUUUCUACCUUCUGUUGUUUAUGCUUUGUUCCCCUACUGCUGGUUUAUGCUUUAUUCCUUCUGCAAAAACAGAACCUUCAGUAAUAGUUCUGCAUUUCCCUUCUGUUGUUUAUGCUUUGAUGGAACCAGGAAGUGUUAUUUCUUUAUAUGUUUGUUCCUUAUGUUGUUUGUGCAUUUACUUCAUUGCUGCUCUCGUACUACCUACUACAGCAUUUACGCUUUGUUCCAUUCUACAGGUCUUGGUGCUAACCAUAUUGAACAUCGAAGGUAUGGCAGCUAACCAGGAUGUUAAUGACGAGGUUAAUGACGAGGUUACUGGUGAGGUUAAUGAUGCUGGACAACAGAGGCUAAGGGAGUACAAGUCCAGGUCAGAGAUUCAUGAUGUAGUGUUCAUCGACUGCCUACUGGAUUUGGUUCAAUCUAGGGAGGUGGAGUCAGGAAACUUGAAGAACGGGGGAUUCAAGAAGCUGGAGGUUAUGAUGAGGAAGAGGAUUCCGGGUUUCAAUCUGAAUGUCAGGUCACGACACCGUUGGUUCAAGAACAAGUACAACGCCAUAUAUGAUGUCCAAAAUGGAAGUUGUAGUGGGUUUGGUUGGGAUGAGUCCAAGAAGAUGAUUGUUGCUGAUGAUGAUGUUUUCAAGGAUUGGGUUAAGACCCAUCCAGUGUUUUCUGGACUCAACAGCAAGGCCUUUGUCUAUUUCGACCAGCUUAGCAGAAUCUUUGGUAAGGAUAGAGCAGUGGGAAGUCAAGCAGGCUCUGUAGCUGAUAUGGAAGUGGAGGGUCGUGUUAGAAGAGCUUUCACUGAGGAACCCAUGAUGUAUGAUGAUGAAACUUGUCAACGUGUCUUAGAGGAGAUGAUAAAUGAAGGUGUUAACCAUAGAGAGUUGCUUGAUGAACCAGAAACAGGUCGUGGUAAGACAACUAAUGUAGCUGGAGGUAAUAAGAGGUCGAAGACCGAUAAAAGUUCUACGAGUCAUGUUGUGGCUGCUGAGAUCGAGAAAAUGCGUCCUCUAAUGGAGAAGGCUAGCAUGAACAUUGAUAGGAUGGCGAAUAGCUUUUGCCAUGAAGAUCCAUUGAUGAUUAGGAGAGGAAGUCUGUUUGAGGAGCUGUCUAAUGUUUAAGGUUUGACACAGGAUCAAGUGCUUUCAGCUGCUAUGAUCCUUGUCAAGGACGAUAGGAUUGCCCAGCUCUACUACCAACUGCCCACAGCUGAAAAAAAGCUUCACUUUCUACUUGGUCUCAUCAACUAAUAUAGCUAGCCUAUCUAA